AUGGGGGACCUGCCUUCCAGAGUAGUACAUACGCCAACGGAUUGCGGUAAAACAGAUAUGUUCCUUCUGUCACUCAUCGCACCAGCCUCAAAGAAUUGUAAGUAUGUAUCACUCGUCUUCAUACCAUACAACGUCAUUCUGGUGGAUUCCAUGAGGAGGCUAAAGACCAAAAACCUUCUUUGA